UUUGAAAUGUAACAUAAGCUUGUCUCGUGAACUCAGUGUUACCUAAAGGAAACUCUUUUCUUCCGUGACAAUAACGACAAGGAAAUAUUCGCCCAAGGAAAAUAAUGGCAUGUCAAAGUUCAUCAAGAGCUGCUCAGUCCAACAUAAAAUUGCAAAGCCAGCUUGAAAAAACAUGGAAGAAAUUACACGACGCUGGGACAGGGUUUCGCUACAGUUUGCAUAUCGAACGAGAACGUUUGAUCAAAGGCCAGUUCGAUUUUUUGUUGCAGCUUAACCGACAACGAUUGACCAAACGUCGACAGCCACAAAACUUCCAGCUAGAGGCCCAGUUCGAUUCAACCAAGUUCAACUUUAAUCAGGUUGAUUCGAGCGAAAUUUUGUUCGAAUUGGCCUUUCCAACAUCAACAUCAAUUCUAAUCAACAACAGUCCUGUGACUCUCUACCAUUCCCUCGUGGUACCAGAACGAGAAGAUCAGCGACCACAGCUGCUAACCCCAUCGGGAAUACGCGUGGCAUUCGAGUUGUUACUGCGUAUACCGGAUCGUCGCUAUCGGGUCGGUUACAAUAGUCCCGGAGCACUAGCCUCUGUGAACCACCUUCAUCUACAUUUAUUGCCAAUUCAUAGAGAUCUUUAUGUACAACAUACGGAAUUACUCCCAGUAGCUGGUGUACCGCUUCUUUAUCGGCUCCCUGAUGAAGUGCCUGCCCAAGGAUAUUGUUUGACUAUGCAUGAUCCCACCCGCGACCUGGAGCCAGUUUGUGAUGGCUUAUAUACAUUACUCAAGACGCUGCUUAAAUACCGAAUGGCACACAAUAUAUUUUUCACCUGGACACACAUCGAUAAAAGCGUUAACAGAGGUGCAAUACGCGUAAUCGUUUAUCCACGAGUGAGUCAGUGCACCAACAAAACUGCCUGCUCAUUCAACGUAGCUUUUCUUGAACUAAGUGGUUUUAUUUCAGUAGGAACAACAUACGACUUCGACUACCUUACGCAAGACACAAUUAUACAAGCGCUACGAGAGGCACAAGGAGAUGUAUACAGCGCACUCCAAAAUGAUUUUCCAAACAACAGUCAUUCAUAGUACAUAUAAAAAUUCUUGUUAUUAAUUGGCUCGACAACCGGUGUACGGUGGUCAAGGCCUAUCUUAUACUAUGCU